AUGCCGGGCCCGCUGGGGUUGCUCUGCUUCCUCGCCCUGGGGCUGCGCGGCUCGGCCGAGCCCAGCGGCGCGGCGCCGCCUCUCUGCGCGGCGCCCUGUAGCUGCGACGGCGACCGUCGGGUGGACUGCUCCGGGAAGGGGCUGACGGCCGUGCCCGAGGGGCUCAGCGCUUUCACCCAAUUGCUGGAUAUCAGCAUGAAUAACAUUACUCAAUUACCAGAAGAUGCAUUUAAGAACUUCCCUUUUCUAGAGGAGUUACGAUUGGCUGGCAACGACCUUUCUUUUAUCCACCCAAAGGCCUUGUCGGGGUUGAAAGAACUCAAAGUUCUAACCCUCCAGAACAACCAGUUGAAAACAGUACCCAGUGAAGCCAUUCGAGGACUGAGCGCUUUGCAGUCUUUGCGUUUGGAUGCCAACCAUAUCACCUCGGUGCCCGAGGACAGCUUUGAGGGACUCACUCAGUUGCGGCAUUUGUGGCUGGAUGACAACAGCUUGACGGAGGUACCAGUGCAUCCGCUCAGCAACCUGCCCACCCUGCAGGCGCUGACCUUGGCACUCAACAAGAUCUCCAGCAUCCCCGACUUUGCCUUUACCAACCUGUCCAGCCUGGUGGUUCUGCAUCUUCAUAACAAUAAAAUCAAAAACCUGGGUCAACACUGUUUUGAUGGACUUGAUAACCUGGAGACCUUGGACUUGAACUAUAAUAAUUUGGGGGAAUUUCCUCAGGCUAUUAAAGCUCUCCCCAGCCUAAAAGAGCUGUUAUUUCAUAGUAAUUCUAUUUCUGUUAUCCCUGAUGGAGCAUUUGAUGGUAAUCCACUCUUAAAAACUAUACAUUUGUAUGAUAAUCCUCUAUCUUUUGUGGGGAACUCAGCAUUUCACAAUUUGUCUGAACUACAUUCCUUAGUCAUUCGUGGUGCAAGCAUGGUGCAGCGGUUCCCCAACUUGACUGGAACUGUCCGUCUGGAGAGUUUGACCUUGACAGGUACGAAGAUAAGCAGUAUAUCCAGUAAUUUGUGCCAGGAACAGAAGAGACUUAGGACUUUGGACUUGUCUUACAACAGUAUAAAAGACCUUCCGAGCUUUAAUGGUUGCCAUGCUCUGGAAGAAAUUUCUUUGCAGCGAAAUCAGAUCCACCAAAUAAAGGAAGAUACUUUUCAAGGCCUGACAUCCCUAAAGAUUCUAGAUCUUAGUAGAAACCUGAUCCAUGAAAUUGAUGACAGAGCUUUCGCCAAGCUUGGGUCAAUAACGAACUUAGAUGUAAGUUUCAAUGAAUUAACUUCAUUUCCAACGGAAGGCCUAAAUGGGCUAAAUCAACUGAAACUUGUGGGCAACUUCAAGCUGAAAGAAGCCUUGGCAGCAAAAGACUUUGUUAAUCUCAGGUCUUUAUCUGUACCAUAUGCUUAUCAGUGCUGUGCAUUUUGGGGUUGUGACUCUUAUGCACAUUCAAACACAGAAGAUAACAGCCUGCAAGACCACAGUGGCUCAAAGGAUAAAGGCAAUGAUGUGGCAGGUGUCACCAGCAGUGCUGAAAAUGAGGAGCACAGUCAAGUCAUUAUCCACUGCACACCCUCGACAGGUGCUUUUAAGCCCUGCGAAUACUUGCUGGGAAGUUGGAUGAUCCGUCUUACUGUGUGGUUCAUUUUCUUGGUUGCAUUGUUUUUCAACCUGCUUGUCAUUUUAACAACAUUUGCAUCUUGUACAUCGGUGCCUUCCUCCAAAUUGUUCAUAGGUCUGAUUUCUGUGUCUAACUUAUUCAUGGGAGCUUAUACCGGAAUCUUAACUUUUCUGGAUGCUGUUUCCUGGGGCCGAUUUGCCGAAUUUGGCAUUUGGUGGGAGAUAGGCAGUGGUUGCAAAAUAGCUGGGUUUCUUGCCGUUUUCUCCUCAGAAAGCGCCAUAUUUUUAUUAAUGUUAGCAGCCGUCGAAAGAAGCUUAUCUGCAAAAGAUAUGAUGAAAAAUGGGAAAAGCAAUCACCUCAAACAGUUCCGGAUUGCUGCCCUUUUGGCUUUUCUGGGGGCCGCAGUGGCAGGCUGUUUCCCCCUUUUCCAUAGAGGGGAGUAUUCCGCAUCCCCUCUGUGCUUACCAUUUCCCACCGGAGAAACCCCAUCGUUAGGGUUUACCGUAACUUUAGUGCUGUUAAACUCACUAGCAUUUUUAUUAAUGGCCAUUAUCUACACUAAACUCUACUGCAACUUGGAAAAAGAAGACCUUUCUGAGAACUCACACUCUAGCAUGAUUAAGCAUGUCGCGUGGCUCAUCUUCACCAACUGCAUCUUUUUCUGCCCCGUGGCGUUUUUCUCGUUCGCGCCAUUGAUCACUGCCAUCUCGAUCAGCCCCGAAAUAAUGAAGUCUGUUACUCUGAUAUUUUUCCCGUUGCCUGCUUGCCUGAAUCCAGUCCUCUAUGUCUUCUUCAACCCAAAGUUUAAAGAAGACUGGAAGUUACUGAAGCGCCAUGUUACCAAGAAAAGCGGAUCGGCUUCGGUUUCCAUCAGCAGCCAGGCUGGUUGUGUGGAGCAGGAUUUCUACUACGACUGCAGCAUGUACUCGCAUCUGCAGGGCAACCUGACUGUGUGUGACUGCUGCGAAGCCUUCCUGUUGACAAAGCCCGUGUCCUGCAAACACUUAAUAAAAUCACAUAGCUGUCCUGCCUUGACGGUGGGUUCUUGCCAAAGGCCAGACGGCUAUUGGUCCGACUGUGGCACGCAGUCCGCCCACUCUGAUUAUGCGGAUGAAGAAGAUUCCUUUGUUUCCGACAGUUCUGACCAGGUUCAGGCUUGCGGACGAGCCUGCUUCUAUCAGAGUCGAGGAUUCCCUUUGGUGCGCUAUGCUUACAAUCUCCCAAGAGUUAAAGACUGA